AUGCCUUCUCUUAGCACAAUAUUUUCUAGAAUGAAAUGGGGUAUAAUACCCAAGAGAAGAAUAGUUGAUGAAGAUGAGAAUGGUAAUUUUAUUUAUGAAAAGGAUACCUUAGCAACAUCUUUACCAGCUAUUUCUAAAUUAAUUGAAAAAAAUAAAAAGAAAGAUUAUGAUGAACAUACAGAAACUGAUGUAGAAUCUUAUUCUGAUUCAGACUCAAUUCAAAAAAUAAAAUAUGAAUACCGUGAUGAAAAAGAUAGAAAAUGGUGGAAGUUCUUUGAUGAAUAUGAAUAUAGAAUAACUAAAGAUGAGAAAAAGAAAAUUAAAUGGUUUAAAUACUUCAACGAUGAAGAUACCCCUGAAGAGAAAAGGCUUAUAGUGAAAUUAGAUCUCUUAUUAACUUUUUAUUCUGUUGCAGUUUAUUGGGUUAAAUAUCUUGAUCAAGCAAACAUUAACAGUGCUUAUGUUGGAGGAUUGAAAGAAGGAAUUGGAAUGACAGGUGAUAAUUUGGUUUUGGCACAAACUUAUUUUUCAAUUGGAAAUGCUGUGUUCCAAUUACCAUUUAUCUACGUUCUUUAUGGUUUACCUUUAAAUUAUAUAUUACCUUCUAUGGAUAUUUGCUGGUCGAUAUUCACUUUAUUAACUUAUAAAGUAACAAAUUUUGAACAAUUUAAAAUAAUGAGAUUCUUCGUUGGAAGUUUCGAAGCUGGAACAUAUAUUUCAUAUCAUAGUUUAUUUGCUUCUUGGUACAAAUCCUCAAACAAUGAAGCAAUUCGUAGAGCUUCGUGUUUCUACUUGGGUCAAUUUCUUGGUAGUAUGUCAUCAGGAUUAAUAUCAGGAGCUAUUGAGAGAACAAUGCCUGGUUAUAGAGGAUUACAGGCUUGGCAAUGGAUAUUCGUUAUUGAUGGUAUUAUUUCUUUAGUUGUAGGUUUAAUGGGCUUUUUUGUAUUACCUGGAACACCAACUGAUUGUUAUAGUUUAUUUUUAACUGAUGAUGAAAUCAGAUUAGCAAGAAAAAGAAUGUUAAAAGACCAAAAACACCAUAGAUCAAGACAUGAUAUCUUUAAAGAAUUCUUUGACUGGGAAACUUGGAAAUCAAUUUUAACUAGUUGGAAAAUCUAUAACUUAAUCAUCUGGAAUAUGUUUUGUUGGAAUAAUAAUAAUGGUACUUCUGGAGCUUAUUCAUUAUGGUUAAAGUCAUUGAAAGAUGAAAAUGGUAAGCAGAAAUAUAUGCAAGGAAAAUUACAAGACUUGACUGCCUUGACGCCUGGCUUAGGAUUAAUAUGGUUAACUAUAACAUGCUUCCUCGGUGAUUAUUUUAAAAGUAGAUGGUUUGCUAUUAUAUUUUCUCAAAUAUUCAACAUUUUAGGUAAUUCAAUUUUAGCAGUAUGGUAUGUUCCACUAAGACUUAAAUGGUUCGCGUACUGUCUACAGUAUUGGGGUUGGUCGAUGAGUCCUAUUUUAUAUGCCUGGCAAGGUGAUAUUUGUCGAAAUGAUAUUAGAUCAAGAGAAUUUUCUUUAGUACUUAUGAAUCUUAUUGCACAUAAAUCAACUGCUUGGGUUCCAUUAUUGGUUUGGAAAACAACACAAGCACCGAGGUAUCCAAUAGGUUAUGCAUUUACAGCAGCUUGUUCUGGAGGAGUUAUUGUCUGGACUUUCAUAAUCUUGUACUUCUAUAAGCGAGAUGAAAAAAGAAAUGCCAAAAAUAACGGAAUUAUAGUUUACAAUUCCUCUGUUGAUACAGAUAUUGUACCUCCAGAAGCAAGCAAAUCAGAACAAAGAAGUAAACCCGAAAAAGACCAGCAAGAGUUGAUUUAG